AUGAUAAUACACUCUCUGUCUCCUUGUCUCUACAACACGAAUUUCUCGAACAGUAGUAGAGGUAGUAGAUCUCAGUGUCGGAGCCGGUUGUUGACUAGAUCGGCGGCGAUUCGUGUAUCUACGGCGGCGAUCGGAGCUAUAACGGCGGCGAUUAUGAUGGUUUCUGUGUCUGUAGCUACUGCAGAACUUCCUCCGCCGCCGCAAGACGGGGAAACGCUAUCGAACGUACCGCAAACGCUAUCGGGUGAAGAUUGCAAGAAACAGAGGAUUCAACGACCUAAAUCCAAAAACGCAGAGAAAUGCACCGUUAAAUGCGUCAACACAUGUAUUCGCAGCGGAGACGGCGAAGGACCGCUCAAUAUAAGAAGGCCAUUAGUGGUAUUCAAGCAAGGAUUUCGUAGCCGUAAUUACUGUUUAGUGGAGUGUUCGGACAUUUGCAAUUUGAUCGGAGAUGGAGAUUAUGGACCCUGA